AUGUCAGUUCAAUCUACCCCUACACUUGACAAAGACCUAAUUUCUGACUUGGUAAUUACAGUUAAGUGCAAGAAGAGAACCUUUAAGUACCAUGGUGCAGUACUUGCAACUUUCUUGACUGGCCUCCUAGGGACAACAGCCUACUUGAUCAACAAACGUGUAGGCGUCCUCCCUAUAAGGAUUAUUAUCGAGAACUUUCCGACCAAUGCCUGUGCUAUCCUCUGCAUCCCCACCAUGUCCGGCACCCCCACCACCCUUCAAGUUCCCACCCUCGCUAUACUCAGCACCCCUAUCACCUCCACCACUCUCAACACCCCUACCUCUGAUGCCCGGGACUACACGACCCAGAUACUGGUAAUACUGGAUAGUGAGAGGAGCCAACACGUCCUUUGUGAGGAGCGGCUAUGGCAGGCGAUCAGGAUGCCUGUGCCAGGCUCUGUUGUUGACCGGUCUGAGCGUGGUAGGCGGGUUAAUUGCGAGGAGUUUGAUGGUUAGUAUUGCUAUGUUAGAGAUGGGUAGGUAGUAUUGUUGGGAUGCCACACAGGGGAGGGGGACCACGGGGAUUGCUGGAGGAGGGGUGGAAUUCCCUAGGUGGAACAGGUGGGGGGAUCCCCCGGAGUUGAAGAUAUAAUAGUUCAAGAUAGGAUAAGUGGGCUGCGCCCUAACUAGCAAGUCUUGGGCUCUUUCGACUAACUGAAUAGACUGUUUGAGAAGGGAAUUGAUAAUUCCAACAAUCAGGAGAAAAGAGCGGCAACUUGCCAAGAUCAACACUGCCAUCUGGCAAGGAACCUAGAUCAUGAGUACUUAUUCUCCAUUCCUGUUUCUGGAUUUGACCUGACUGAAAAGAACUCCCUGAAUUCAUUCAAAUCAAUUGCAAUCUUAUAUGAAUACAUAAGAAAGAAUGACAACAAACAAAAAAAAAAAAAAAUUCAUGAGCUGGACAGGUGGGUUCUAACAUCAUGCUCAUAAGCUAGUGCUAACAAGCCAUUUCAGGUGUUAAAAAAAUUAGUUAACAGGACUGUAACCAGAACUGCUAGUGGAAUUCAGUUCAGGGAUUUGUUUGAUGUUUUAUUUUAUUUGUGGUUUCGAGUAUCCUUUGAUACUCAGUUUGUUUUACUUGUAGUAAAGCAGGUCAGAGAGGUUAUUAAAAGAAAAUGGCACCAAACUCAUUCCUGAUUUAUUAUUUUCUUUUUAUUUCACUUUCAGGGAAUCCUGAGGAUUAUUUUAUUUUAUGUCCUUUACUUAUUUUAUUUAUUUUAUUUAUUAAAUGUUGUUGUGGAAAGGGGGUAGUACUAUAUGUUACCAACGUUGUUCAUGAAUGGGAGUUUGUAUUGUACGAGCAUCGCAUUACUUUUUUCCAUC